AUCACUUACUCACUCAUUCUCAUUCAUUCAUUCAUUCACAUUACAACUAUACAUACACACCAGAGUGAGAGAGAGAGAGUGCGUUUGAUCAUCAACAACAACAGCAGAAGUAUACUAGUGCACUCUCUUUCUCUUGACUUAGUCGAUUUCAAUAACAAUGUUAGACAUGAUGGAAGCCAAUGCGCAUUCCCUUUCAUUUGUACA